AUGGAUGAUUAUGGUGGUCCUUUACACCUAGUCACUGAUCACAAUAUUGCAAAGCUUCUGCUCGACCAUGGAGCUGACGUGAAUGAUCUAUCCGAUCUUGGGGAAACGCCAUUUCACGUUGCUGCACGCAACGGUCGACUUGACGUGGCAAAGCUGCUGCUUGAUCAUGGAGCUCACAUCAAUGCACACGGAUACGAGAUAAUAGAUACUUUCGAUGUUCGUGCGACGCCUCUACGUUAUGCACUCGAAGCCCUAGGGAAUCAUUUUCUUAUGGCAAAGCUGCUCCUUGAUCGAGGCGCAGAUCACAAUUUGGCAGAUUCAGAGGAGGGAACUGCUUUACAUGUAGCUGCCCGGCUGGGUUGUGAAAAGUCGACGAAGCUUCUUCUUGACCAUGGUGCUCCUCUUGAUGUUCAAGACGAUACUGGGUGGACGGCUCUGCACAUCGCUUCAUACUUGGGGCAUUCCGCAGUAGCGAAGGUUCUUGUUAACUGCGGAGCGUAUUUGAACAUACUGGAUAGGCAGGGAAACUCGCCAACGGACCUUGCGGUAAGAAAUGGCUAUUUCCAGACAAUGAUGCUGGUGCUUGCCCGUUACGAAGCAAAUUGA